CAAGUAUAUUGGCUCCGUGUAGCUUCCUGGAGGCUCUGCAUCCGGCAGGCAUAGCAGCAAGAGCGAGUGAACCGAAGCAGCUACAGCUACAGCUACAGCAGCAAUGGCAGCCUCCAUGAUCUCCUCGUCGACUCUGGCGGCGCCGGCCAGGGCCCAGGGCCUGCCGUCCCUCGGCCGCCGCGCCUCCUCCUUCGCCGUCGUCUGCGGCACCGGCAAGAAGAUCAAGACCGACAAGCCCUUCGGGAUUGGGGGUGGCCUGACCGUCGACGUCGAUGCCUCCGGGAGGAAGGUCAAGGGCAAGGGCGUGUACCAGUUCGUUGACAAGUACGGCGCCAACGUCGACGGAUACAGCCCAAUCUACAAGGAGGAGGACUGGUCUCCCAGCGGUGACGUCUACGUCGGCGGAAAAACCGGGCUUCUGAUCUGGGCCAUCACCCUCGCCGGGCUCCUUGGCGGUGGUGCCCUCCUUGUGUACAACACCAGCGCCCUCUCCGGCUAAGAAGAUCCAUACACAAUCCAUGCCGCAUGCGCUUGCGGUUCGUGUAAGAUCAGCCCGGGUGUCUGUCUGUAAUCUAGCCUCCUUUGAUGCCCAGUAUAAUGCUUGGUUCAUGUAACAAUGCUACUACGGCGGCUCUCCAUACUUUUGGGACAAUUAUUAAUUGAUGCUAUAUGUUUAGAUUAAUUGAUGCUACUACGGCUCUCCAUACUGGCAA